AGAUGAAACCUGCUGUCUGCGGUGUGUCAAAAGAGUUAGACUGUCCAUUAAAAACAGAGUGACCAGUUACAGAAAACAGGGCUUGGACGGAGGUUGCAACCUCCCAGCUGUCAUAUUCACGCUGGACAAUGACCAUGAGUUCUGUGCUGAUCCCAAUGAAACAUGGGUCCUUGAACUCAUGCGGAGGGUGAACAGACUGCCAGAUUCGUGGUCUGUGUGGCCUUGGGUGCCUAAAAUGGCUCAAACAUCUGAAAUGCCUCAGACUCCUAAAAUGCCACAAACAACUGAAAUGUCUCAAAAUUCUGAAAUGCCUCAGUUAUUUGAAAUGCCUCAUAAUCCUGAAAUGCCACGAACAACUGAAAUGCCUCAAGCAUCUGAUAUGCCUCAUACUCCUGAAAUGCCUCAAACCCACAAAAUGCCUCAAACGUCUGAAAUCCCUCAUACUCCUGAAAUUCCUCAAACGUCUGAAAUGCCUCAUACUCCUAAAAUGCCUGAAAUGUCUGAUAUGCCUCAUACUCCUGAAAUGCCACAAACAACUGAAAUCCCUCAAACGUCUGAAAUGUCUCAGGCAUCUGAAAUGCCUCAAACAUCUGAAAUGCCUCAUACUCCUGAAAUUCCUCAGUCAUCUGAAAUGCCUCAUACUCCUGAACUGCAACAAACAUCUAAAUUGCCUCAAACAUCUGAAAUGACUUAUACUCCUGAAAUGCCUCAUACUCCUGAAAUGCCUCAAACAUCUGAAAUGCCUCAUACUCCUGAAAUGCCUCAAACUUCUUCUGAAAUGCCUCAUACUCCUGAAAUUCCACAAACAACUGAAAUUCCUCAAACGUCUGAAAUGCCUCAUGCUCCUGAAAUGCCUCAAACGCCUGAAAUGCAUCAUACUCCUGAAAUGCAUCAAACAUCUGAAAUGCCUCAUACUCCUGAAAUGCCACAAACAAAUGAAAUGCCUCAAACAUCUGAAAUGCCUCAUACUCCUGAAAUGCCACAAACCACUGAAAUGCCUCAUAAUUUUGAAAUUACUCCAACAUCUAAAAUGCCUCAAACAUCUGAAAUGCCACAUUCUUCUGAAAUUCCUCAAAUGUCUGAAAUUCCUCAUACUCCUGAAAUGCCUCAAACAUCUGAAAUGCCUCAUACUCCUGAAAUGCCCCAAACAACUGAAAUGCCUCGAAUAUCUGAAAUGCCUCAAACAUCUGACAUGCUUCAGUCAUCUGAAAUGCCUCAUUCUCCUGAAUUGUCACAGACAACUGAAAUGUCUCAAACAUCUGAAAUGCCACAGAAAACUGAAAUGCCUCAAACGUCUGAAAUGCCUCAUACUCCUGAAAUGUCUCAUAUUCCUGAAAUGCCUCAAACACCUGAAAUGCCUCAUACUCCUGAAAUAACUCAAACAAUUGAAAUGCCUCAUACUCCUGAAAUGCUACAAACAACUGAAAUGCCUCAUACUCCUGAAAUGCCUCAAAUGUCUGAAAUGCCUCAUACUCCUGAAAUGCCUCAAACUUCUUCUAAAAUGCCUCAUACUCCUGAAAUUCCACAAACAACUGAAAUUCCUCAAACGUCUGAAAUGCCUCAUGCUCCUGAAAUGCCACAAACACAUGAAUGGCUUCAAACAUCUGAAAUGCCUCAUACUCAUGAAAUGCCACAAACCACUGAAAUUCCUCAUACAUCUAAAAUGCUUCAAACAUCUGAAAUGCCUCAUAGUUCUGAAAUGCCUCAAACUUCUUCUGAAAUGCCUCAUACUCCUGAAAUUCCACAAACAACUGAAAUUCCUCAAACAACUGAAAUGCCUCAUGCUCCUGAAAUGCCUCAAACUUCUUCUGAAAUGCCUCAUAUUCCUGAAAUUCCUCAUACAUCUAAAAUUCCUCAAACAUCUGAAAUGCCUCAUAGUUCUGAAAUGCCUCAAACUUCUUCUGAUAUGCCUCAUAGUCCUGAAAUUCCACAAACAACUGAAAUUCCUCAAACAUCUGAAAUGCCUCAUGCUCCUGAAAUGCCUGAAAUGCAUCAUACUCCUGAAAUGCCUCAAACAUCUGAAAUGCCUCAUACUCCUGAAAUGCCUAAAACUUCUUCUGAAAUGCCUCAUACUCCUGAAAUUCCACAAACAACUGAAAUUCCUCAAACGUCUGAAAUUUCUCAUGCUCCUGAAAUGCCUCAAACACCAGAAACGCAUCAUGCUCCUGAAAUGCCUCAAACAUCUGAAAUGCCUCAUACUCCUGAAAUGCUGCAAACAAAUGAAAUGCCUCAAACAUCUGAAAUGCCUCAUACUCCUGAAAUGCCACACACCACUGAAAUUCCUCAUACACCUAAAAUUCCUCAAACAUCUGAAAUGCCUCAUAGUUCUGAAAUUACUCCAACAUCUAAAAUGCCUCAAACAUCUGAAAUGCCACAUACUUCUGAAAUUCCUCAAAUGUCUGAAAUUCCUCGUACUCCUGAAAUGCCUCAAACAUUUGAAAUGCCUCAUAAUCCUGAAAUGCCCCAAACAACUGAAAUGCCUCAAAUAUCUGAAAUACCUCAAACAUCUGACAUGCCUCAGUCAUCUGAAAUGCCUCAUUCUCCUGAAUGGCCACAGACAACUGAAAUGCCUCAAACGUCUGACAUGCCUCAGUCAUCUGAAAUGCCUCAUUCUCCUGAAUUGUCACAGACAACUGAAAUGCCUCAAAUAUCUGAAAUGACUCAUACUCCUGAAAUGCCUCAAAUGUCUGAAAUGCCUCAUACUCCUGAAAUGCCUCAAACUUCUUCUGAAAUGCCUCAUACUCCUGAAAUCCCACAAACAACUAAAAUUCCUCAAACGUCUGAAAUGCCUCAUGUUCCUGAAAUGCCUCAAACACCUGAAAUGCAUCAUACUCCUGAAAUGUCUCAUGCUCCUGAAAUGCCACAAACCACUGAAAUUCCUCAUACAUCUAAAAUGCUUCAAACAUCUGAAAUGCCUCAAACUUCUUCUGAAAUGCCUCAUACUCCUGAAAUUCCACAAACAACUGAAAUUCCUCAAACAUCUGAAAUGCCUCAUGCUCCUGAAAUGCCUCAAACGCCUGAAAUGCAUCAUAGUCCUGAAAUGCCUCAUACUCCUGAAAUAACUCAAACAUCUGAAAUGCCUCAUACUCCUGAAUUGCCACAGACAACUGAAAUGCCUCAAACGUCUGACAUGCCUCAGUCAUCUGAAAUGCCUCAUUCUCCUGAAUUGCCACAGACAACUGAAAUGC